AUGUUCCCCCAGCUGAAGGUCUCGGUGACGGGGCUGGACCCCGAGGCCAAGUACCUGCUGCUGGUGGACAUGGUGCCGGCCGGGGCCUCGCGCUACAAGUGGCAGGGCCAGCGCUGGGAGGCCAGUGGCAAGGCCGAGCUGCCCCCCCCCGACCGGGUCUACAUCCACCCCGACUCCCCGGCCUCGGGCGCCCACUGGAUGCGCCAGCCCGUGUCCUGCCACCGCCUCAAGCUGACCAACAACACGCUGGACCCCCACGGACACCUGAUCCUGCACUCCAUGCACCGCUACCAGCCCCGCGUGCACGUGGUGGGAGCAGGAGGGCUGGGGGGACGUGGCGGGGGCUGCGCCUCCUUCACCUUCCCUGAGACGGCCUUCCUCACCGUCACCGCCUACCAGAGCCCCAAGAUCACCCAGAUGAAGAUUGAGAGUAACCCCUUCGCCAAAGGCUUCCGGGAGAACGGCAUGAACAGCAAGAGGGAGCGAGAUGCCCGGCUCAAGAGGAAGAUGAGAGGCGAUGUGGCCGAACCUACCAGGAAUGAGGCUGAUUGCAAGCGAGGUCCCUGCGACUCCACCCAGGGCCCCCGCCCCGAGCCGCCAGCCCCCCCUGACUGCUCCUUCCACCCUAUCUCUUCCUCCUACCCUCCCAGCGGGAGCGAGGAGCUGGGGUGCCCCCUACGGGGGGUGAACCCCAGCGCCGAGGCGUACGUCCAGCAUCCAGCUGCCUUCCACGGCCUGCAGCCUCUCCAGGGGCCCACCGGCUAUGCCAGCUCACCCUGUGCCGCUCCAGAAGCAGCUGCUGCCCCGAAGCCCAUGGGGGACCCCAGCUGCCCCCCUGCCAAGCCACCCCCUGACCAAUCAAACUGCAGAACCACCAGCGCCCCCCCCCUCACCUACCCCUCCUAUGGGCUGGAUGUCAGCUGCCUGCUGGGGGCAGGGCUGGACGGCCCCCCAACACCUGACCUUUGCUUCCCCCCCUUCCUGCCCUACCCGCCCCCCCGCCUCUAUGCCCCAUCUGGCCCCCCUGCUGGCUACAUCGAGGGGGUCAGCAAGGGCCUCUUCUGAGGGCUGGGCUCCCCCCCAGCAGACACCCCACUAGCCAUGCGGCUUCCCCCUCACCCAGGGGAGCACCCCCCCAACUGCAACUGACUAAUUUAUUCCAAGGGGGGCCCAGACCCUUCCCUGCAGCUACUGGAUGGGGCAAAGAGAUGGGGUGAAAUAGACACCCCUCAACCUGACCCACAGCCCUCGCCCUCUCAUUGUCUGCUUCCCCCAACCCCAUCCCUCCCCCUAGUUAUCUGCCCCCCUGCACAGCAACCCUGCUAUCGCUGCCUCCGUUAUCUGCUCCCCUACAGCCUUGGGCCCCUCCCCCCAGUGGGUGAUUUGGGGGGUGGGGGCAUGAGGAAACAUGGGGAAAUUUCCUACUGUUUUAAAAACCAAUAGAAACCACAUCACCCAAUGAAUAAAGCUCAGAAGGCAGCAAAGCGGAUCCUGUGUCCAGCGGGGGAGGGCGUGUCCGGGCGAGUCUGGCCUGGGGAAACC